AUGUCAGCGCGGGACCGGGAGACGAUCGAGGCGCUCGCGCGCGUCGCGGCCGCGCUGGACGGGGCGGUGCUCGGCCUCGGCACGGCGGCGCUCGCGGCCGCGUCCCUGGCCAAGUACCUCGCCGCAUCCGGGGCGCUCCGCCUCAUCGCCGAGGCGCCGGCCCUCGCGAUCCCCGACCUCCGCUACUCCCUCCUCGCGGGGCUCGGCGACGGCGAAUCGCGCCUCGCCGUCGUGCGGGGCCUCGUCCGCUCCCCGCCCGGGGGCACGUUCCUCAUCCCCCCUGGCUCCCGCGAGCACUGCGUCGUCACCAGGCACACCCAGACGUGCUUGUUCGGCGAAUGGAGAGGCAUCUUUGGAUGGACUUUUGACCUACAUGCUCUCUUUUUUAAAUCAUUGAAAGAGCAAAUUAUAACAUCAUCUCGAUGGGUUCCGUUUGGUCUUGUGGAUCCUGCUUCCGAGAAAUCAGGGGAAAUGGUACAUGUGAAGUUUGAUGGGGCUGUUCAUCAGUCAUUACCUCUUACAACUGUGUAUCACAAGCUUAUCCCAGUUGAGCAAAAUUCUUACACAUUGUUUCAGACUAUUGUUGGCAAUGGCUAUCCGAUUGCGUUAUUGGAUGAGGAAAAGAUUCUUCCUAUCGGAAAGGAGAUUACAGCAAUAGGCUUAUGUCGAUUAAAGAAUCGAAGUGUUGAGAUCAGCUCGUGCCCAGAGCUUCCAUAUUUCUUGUCUGACCUGACCAAGGGUGAGAUGGAAGCCGAGAUGUCCUCACGUGCUAGAUUCUUCUUCUGGGUUACUGUUGCUCUUGGAACCGUGUCAGUUGGCUUACUAGGCCAUGCCAUUUACAGGUUAUGGGAGAGAGUUAAACGGCACAGAGAGGCAAGAGAAGCUCAAGAAAGAUUUCACGAGGCUGACAAUGAAGAUGAUGCUGGAGAAAAUGGUAGCGACGACGAGCCUGGUGAAAUGGGAGAUGGGCAGCUAUGUGUCAUAUGCUUAAGGAAAAGAAGGCGGGCAGCUUUUGUUCCUUGUGGUCAUCUUGUCUGCUGUUGCAACUGCGCGAAAAGGGUGGAACUCAUGGAUGAACCAUUGUGCCCUGUGUGUAGGCAAGACAUCCAAUACAUGCUCAGGGUUUAUGACUCUUAAGGCUCCUUGCUGAUAUGGCCCAAGCACCGGCAAAGUGGCGGCUCCAACUGUCCAUCCUCCUGUCCUGGGUGCUCUCCGUUUUUCGUUCCUAGUUUAGGUUACGGCUGCCUGGAAAGUAUGUGAAUAUAGGACUGUGCUAACCCUCAGAAACUAGAUUACCAGUACUUGCUAGUUUAGUCUGUGAAUAUGGGAUUAUGUAUCAUCUUAGAUGACCCCGUGAACUUUGGCCCGGAAUUUAAGGAUUGCCAAGUUUUUUGUUGGUGUUGCAUGGAUACGCCUAGGGAUGUAAGUGGACGCGUCCGUGAAGUGUACGAACGCCCGCAUUCUUGGUUUUUGUAUUAGCUCGAUUUUUAAAGCGACAUCAAUUAAUUUAUUUUCGCCUUCA